CUCACCACAACACAACACAACACAAACAAACCGGCCUUUACAUAAAACCCUUACAAUUCUAUACUUCUUAGUGUGUAAACGUGUGAUUCUUUCAUCAAUAACAAAAUGACAUCGAUAUUAUUCAUGUUCGUGAGUCUAACCAUUCUAUCCAUGAGUGUAAAAUUCUCUCAAGCCACAUCUCGUGUCACCUUCCACGAGCCGAUCAUUGCUGAACACCAUCAGCAAUGGAUGACUCGGUUCUCUCGAGUUUAUAGCGACGAGCUCGAGAAACAAAUGAGAUUCGAUGUGUUCAAGAAAAACUUGAAGUUCAUUGAGAAAUUUAAUAAGAAAGGGGAUAGAACAUACAAGCUUGGUGUCAACGAAUUUGCGGAUUGGACCAAAGAGGAGUUCAUUGCCACCCACACCGGUCUCAAGGGAUUUAACGGAAUUCCAUCCUCGGAAUUUGUCGAUGAAAUGAUACCUUCUUGGAAUUGGAAUGUCAGUGAUGUCGCCGGCCGUGAGAUCAAAGAUUGGAGAAACGAAGGAGCUGUAACACCUGUUAAAUACCAAGGCCAAUGUGGAUGUUGUUGGGCGUUUUCAAGCGUCGCAGCGGUGGAAGGUUUGACAAAGAUCGUUGGAGGCAACCUAGUAUCAUUGUCUGAACAACAACUUCUAGAUUGCGACAGAGAGCGUGACAACGGUUGCAACGGUGGAAUAAUGUCCGACGCUUUCAGCUAUAUAAUAAAAAACCGAGGCAUUGCCUCAGAAGCAUCAUACCCUUACCAAGAGACAGAGGGGACAUGCCGGUACAAUGCAAAACCCUCCGCCUGGAUAAGAGGGUUCCAGACCGUUCCAAGCAACAACGAGCGUGCAUUGCUCGAGGCUGUAUCGAGGCAGCCUGUCUCGGUGUCCAUUGAUGCGGAUGGGCCCGGUUUCAUGCAUUACUCAGGGGGAGUGUACGAUGAGCCGUACUGUGGGACCAACGUGAACCAUGCAGUGACAUUCGUUGGAUACGGAACGAGCCCGGAGGGGAUCAAGUACUGGUUGGCUAAGAACUCUUGGGGGGAGACUUGGGGAGAGAAUGGUUACAUUAGGAUUCGUAGAGAUGUGGCGUGGCCUCAAGGCAUGUGUGGUGUGGCUCAGUAUGCUUUUUAUCCGGUUGCCUAACUAAACGGCAGAUGGCUUAUUUUAUAUAAAAGUGAUAAUAUUAUUUUAACAUUUAAACAACAAAAAUGGUGAUCUUGUUAUAUAUUUUGGUUAUGAAUUGUUUAGAUGUGGUCUAAAUCUGCAUCGCAAAGCUUGACCAAUACACUUUGUAAGUGUGUAUAAUGAUUAUUAGAUUACAUAAAGUUGUUGUAACUUG